AUAUUUGGAAUCAAAUACUGUUCUUCAAAAUACACUUGUUAGCAAAAAUAACGCAUUUGUGAAGUAAUGAGUGUUUGGACUAGACUUAUAUGAGACGGAGUUUUAAGAUGGAAACGAAGAUAAUUAUUAUCAUUUUCCCGUUAUUUACAAGUAUUACAAGAGGACAACUAUCAACUGACGAUACGCAAUUUGAAUCCUCAAGUAUAAGAGGUAAACGAACAAUUGACAAUGUUGUUCCAACAACAACUCGUUCAAUGUUACCACACACAUUUUUAACUUCAAACAUCGAGCGUCAGACGCAUCUUGAGGAGCUUAAGUCAACAAAAACAACUCUGGCAAUGCCACUUCCGUCAUCUACAAUAAACAUUUUUAAUACACCCGGGGAACUAAACGCAACAACGAUAAAUAACAGAACAAACUCAUUAAUAGAUUUAGUAGAUCAUUCUUCACAGAUAUCCUCCCACAUGUUAACAUCGCCAGUUAUCCCAUCAAACAAUGAACCUGUUUCAAAAACUUCCACUAUCAAUCAUAGCUCUUCAGUGACAAAACCGACAAUUUUAUCUGAAGAAAGUUUAUCGGUGCAAAAUGUAUCUAUUUACAACACGCCGAACAUUUCGUCUGAAAUACACAAAGAGACGACACACGCACAUGUGUUACAAACGUCUACACGAGCACAUGUUUUACAAACAACGACACGAGCACAUGUGCUACAAACGACGACACAGGCACAUGUGUUACAAACGUCGUUCAAGUCAGAGAUUACGACAAGGCCGUUUCGGAAUAUUGACCGACCAUCAAAGUCGUCAACUGAAUUAAUCAGUUCAUUAGUUAUCACGAGUGACAAAGGCGAAGAUUUCACAAAUGUGAUAGGAUUUUCUCCAGUGACAUCACAUUUAGAAACACAAGUGACUACAAAGAGUCAUCUGUUAUCUUCUACAGCUGCCCAGGCUAUGGCAACGACUUCAAUACAUUUAAAAACUCAGAAGUUAAGACAACAGAGUGAUUUUACAUCAACAAGCGUGCCUAUUGCAUCUGUAUCUUCAGUCGACAUGACUCUCCAAAGUACACAAGCUACUGUUUCCUCACAUUUAAGUUCUAAAAGUCACCUAAGUUUAAUGUCUUUGUCAUCCGUUGCCGCAAUAAAAAUGUUUUCAACCUCAAUCAUUACAAACGUUCCAACCAGCCAAACAUCACUGAUUCAUUUAAGCUUUCCUAAUAGUACUGUUAGUAAAACUAUUCUUGGAUCAACUAUAUCCAAUUUAUUAAACGUGUCGCAUGCAUCUUCCAUAUUUUCACAUGGGCACAUUACUAUUCAACUUUCUUUGUCUUCACAAUAUCAGCAAAUGACAACUUCUAUAAACGAAAGAGUUAAAGCAACUGUAAAACCAAACUCACACAAGAAGACAUUAUACAAUUUCAGUUUUGAAAUUGAGUUUACCGGUGAAUGUAAAUCGUUAGAAAAUAAAGAGGCAUUGAAGGAAAUUUGGGGCAGUCUGGUGAACAUCGUUGUUGUUCAGUCAGGCACAAAAAAAAUGAGUGUGGUACCGAUAAAUAUAUUAUGUGGGCCUCUGCGUCUGUCAUUUAAUGUAUAUAACACAACACAUAAAAACUUAACAGAAAUUAUUCGGACGAUGAUAAAAGAUAACAACUUUGUCAUAACAGUUCUCGCUGAUAAUAAUAGAAUGAAUUUCAAAGCUAUCAGAAUAUAUCUAUAUACAGAUCAUGAAAUUGGGUCAGAAAUUUUCCUGAUGGGAUUAAACGAAGUUGAUAUCAUUGUGAUAAUCUGCGCUACUGCCAUCUCAGUUAUUCUUGUAUGUGCCGGACUAAUAAUUUGUGCCCGGGAAUAUUAUCUUAAGAAAAGGUCACGAUCUUUUACAUUGUCAUCAUUCAUGUCAAAUGGAUCAAAUUCGUAUGACUACACUCUUACAAAAAUCCCGCGUCCAAAUAGUUCUUACUCGGAGAACGGUGUCAGAAUGAAAUUGAUGGAUCAUAAGGAUAAUCAGCGAGCGGCAUUGCUUCCAAUUGAAGAACAGGAAACUUCAGUGAGCGACAUUCAGAUAAGGGUGAACUCGAAUGAGGAUGGAAUAGUUGUUGGCGUUACAGGAACCGGAACUAAUACUCAAUGUUAUGAACAGUCACAUGACAGUUCUAGUAUUAACGGGGAUCAGUCAGAAGAAAAAUUAUGCUCUAAAACAGAAGAACUUGAUAAAAGUGUGGAUAAUCCUAUAUAUUUUGCUGACGAUGAGAGAUUUAUGAAAAUAUAAUGUUAUUAGGAAUCAGCGGAAGAAUGUACUUAGAAUCCGAAUGUGAUACUUUCAGAAUUUAUGGAUAUGUUCUCGGAUUGUGAAUAAAAAAUUUGAACGUUUA